CUUCUACCAACUGUGAAAUCAGAAUUUUAAACUCACGUGAUAAUUAUAUAUACGUUUUUAAUUAGCAUUUUUUUUUUUUAAUUUGACAUUUAUAGACAAAUGUGUAUACUGUAUAUAUGUGUAAAUGACGUUCAACGCUUGAUCUGACAACCUAGAAAGGAAUAACACGCACGAGACACACGCGACGAAAUAUAAAAAGACAUUCGUUGAUUUCUUCUUCAAAAGAAAAUGAACGAGAAUGGUACAAAAAUUGUGACGGACAAUAUGUCAAAUGGAUUUGGAAAAAAUGAAGCAAAAGAAAUUCCAAUGACAUUGAGUGACGAUGAACCGGAGGAAAUUGAAAUUCCAGUGCCUUGGGGUCAAAUAAGUGGCAAAUGGUGGGGUUCAAAGGGAAUCCAACCGAUUGUGGCGUUACAUGGGAGGCAAGAUAAUGCAGGAAGCUUCGAUAAAUUAAUGUCACUAUUGCCUAAAAAUAUUUCUGUAUUGUGUUUGGAUUUACCUGGUCAUGGGCUUUCGUCCCAUUAUCCAAGGGGACAGUCUUAUUUCGUUCAUUGGGACGGUAUCGUCUUGCUUCGUCGAAUUGUUCAUUACUAUAAAUGGAAUAAGGUGAAACUAUUGGGUCACUCAUUGGGAGGAGCAAUAUCGUUUUUGUAUGCGGCUUCCUAUCCGGAUGAAGUUGAAUUUGUGAUAAGUCUCGAUAUUGCAAGUCCAAGUGUUCGGGAUAUUACAAAAUCAGUUGAUAUCACGGGAACUUAUAUUGACAGAUUUUUGAAAUAUGAAAAUUUAACACUCGACUCAGUACCAUGUUAUACUUAUAAGGAAAUGAUUGACAUUGUCGAGGAUGCAUACAAUGGCGAUAUUACAAGAGAGAGUGCCGAAAUUUUAAUGAAACGAGGAAUGCAACCGGCAACUACUUCAAAUCAGUAUUAUUUUCGACGCGAUCCACGAUUAAAGGUUUCACUUUUGGGAAUGCUGUCAUUGGAUCUUGUUUUGGCGUUUGCAAAAAAAAUUAAAUGCGCCUAUCUCAAUAUUCGUGCAGUUCCAGGAAUGAAAUUUGAUCAACCAGAAUCUUAUCAUCGUGUUUUAGAUGAAAUAAAACUCACUGCAAGUAAAUUUGAAUAUCGAGAAGUUGAAGGCACACAUCAUGUUCAUUUAAAUAAUCCCGAGCGAAUUGCACCAAUUAUCAUUGAAUUUUUGGGACUAUAACCAUAAUUUUUUUGUUUCUUUUUUUUCAAAUUUUUAGUCGAAUUGUUAAACAAACAACAAAUUUAAACAAAAUCAAGUUUUGAAAUUUUAGCCGAAUUGUAAACAAUUAUUACAGAAUCAAAAAAAAAAAAAAAAUUAGUCAAACAUUUUAGAAAUGUGAACCUUACUGAAAAUUGAAAUUUAAUUUUUAUUUAAUUUAAUUCGAUUUAAAUUAAUAUUAAAUUUAAUUUAGAAUUAAAUUAUUUUGUUUUAAAGUAAUAUUAAAUUCAAUUUAGAUUAAAUAAUUUCGAUUUCAAUUAAUUGAUUACAAUUUAAAAUUAAUUAAUUAUUUUUUUCAGAAUAGUAAAAGUAAUGAAUUUUUUUGAAAAUUAAAUAAAGUAUCUAAUUUAAUUUUUGAAUUUCUAAAUUAACAAAUGGGACAUUUAGUUAGUUAAUUAUUAAUUUAAAUUAUUCAAUUGUUAAAGAAAUUUCUAAAUUACUGAAUUUACAACAAUAUUUAUAUUUAUAUAAAUUAUAUAAAUUAUUUUUAAUUAUAUGAAAUAAAUUUAAUUUAAUUCAAUGAUUUAAAUUAAUAAUUAUCAAGACGAAUGUGCAAUAGUUUAAAAAAAAAGUUAAUUUAAAAUAAUAGCAUAGGAAAUUCUUAUUAAUUAGCAACUUGUAAGUAUUUAUUAUUAAAAUAAUAUUAUAAUUUAUGUUAUUGAGAAAUAUGUGAACAAAAAGAAAAUUCCAAAAACUUUGUAAAUUAUUUAAGAAUAUUUUUCAAGGUGGUAAAAAAUAGAGCGACUUCAAAUUCAACAACAGUUUGUUCAUUUACGAAAGAUUUUCUUUUUAUUUUAUUUUAUUUAUUUAUUUAUUUAUUUAAAAACAGGGUUGCCACGCUACAUGUAAAAAAAUUCAAGAAAAUUAUGUUUUUAAGUAAUUUUUUUUACAACAACUUCAAUGCGAUUAUCAAAUAAAAUGGUUUAAAAAAAAAUAA